AUGGCUACUGCUGGCGCGAGCUCCCCAGGAGCGGCUACGUCAAACAUUCCAUCCUCGACGGUUCCAGAUGAUGAAGAUGUUCCGAAGGACGAAUUCAUCCCAAGAGAAUACCAGGUUGAGCUCUUUGAAGCCGCCGUGAAGGAGAACACCAUUGUGUGCCUGGGAACUGGAACUGGCAAAACGUUCAUCGCUGUCAUGCUCAUCAAGGAGUACGAAGCUUCCAUUCGCAUCCCGUUUGAAGAAGGAGGGAAGCGUACCUUCUUUCUCGUGCCAACAGUGCCUCUUGUGGUACAGCAACAGAAGGCCAUCAAGUGCCAGACAGACCUGCGUGUGGGCGGCUAUGUCGGCGACAUGAAUGUCGACAAUUGGAACAAGGAACGCUGGGAAAAGGAGUUUGUCGAGUCCCAGGUGCUGGUGAUGACGCCUGACGUGUUCAAGGUGAUCAUCCACCACGGCUUCCUGAAGCUGUCGCGGGUGAACCUCCUCAUCCUGGACGAGUGCCACCGCGCGGUGAAGCAGCACACGUACCGGGAGGUGAUGCGCUGCAUGGACGUGCUGGAGCCGCACGAGCGACCACGCGUGCUGGGCCUCACCGCCUCGGUCAUCAACAGCAAGGCCACCGAGCACCAGGUGGAGCGCAAGGUGCACGACCUCGAGAUGGCCCUGCACUCGCGAGUGCUCACAGUUUCCAACCAGCAGAGCAUGGCCCGGUGCGUAUCUUGCAAAAUAACCGUCGGCUUGAGAUAG